AUGGCGUCUGAAGAGGCUCUGGCCGCUCUGUUUCAUGUGAUUGUGUUGGAUUGUGUGUUUCAGCCGCGGCUGGAGGUCAUGUGGGCCAUGAAGGCCUACAACCACGCUGAGGUUUACUUCAACCUCAUUUCGUCCGUCGACCCGAAGUUCCUGAAGCUGACGAAGCUCGACGACAAAAUCUACUCGAGCUUCAGAGAGUCCUUCAGAGACCUGGACGUGAAGCUGCUGGACGCUGACGAGCUGAAGUCCGACGAGGCCAAAGAGAGGUGGCGUCCGUUCUGCAACCAGUUCGAGGGACUGGUGGAGGACUUCAACUACGGCACGCUGCUGCGCCUGGACUGCCAGAAGGACUACACCGAGGACAACACCAUCUUCGCCACCAGAGUCCAGUUCUUUGCCAUCGAGAUCGCCCGGAACCGAGAAGGCCACAACAACACGGUGUUCAUGUCCAAACGCUCGGCCAGCUAGCCUCCAAGAACCAGGGAGGAACCAUCGGUGAACCAGGGAGGAACCAUCAAAGAACUGGGGAGGAACCAGGGAGGAACCAUCAGAGAACCAGGGAGGAACCAUCAGAGAACCAGGGAGGAAUCAUCAAAGAACUGGGGAGGAACCAUCAGAGAACCAGGGAGGAACCAUCAAAGAACUGGGGAGGAACCAGGGAGGAACCAUCAGAGAACCAGGGAGGAACCAUCAGAGAACCGGGGAGGAACCAUCGGAGAACCAGGGACGAACCAUCAGAGAAUCAAGGAGGAACCAUCAAAGAACUGGGGAGGAACCAUCAGAGAACUGGGGAGGAACCAUCAAAG